AUCACUCGCAUUUCAGCAUUGUUAGGGGAAGUUUAAGUCUGGGGGUUCAGUAAUUCCCUUAAAACAGCUUUGGCAAGGUGGAUUUUAGGCGAGACAACCAACUUUCCCUAAGCGCGAACGCGUCUGGAUUGAGCGCGUGCAACUGGAGCGUGCGAGAUCUGAGAUAAUUGAGUAUGCAGUAACAGCAUACUGGAAUUGGGCAGAAGGAGAGAUUUCAUCUGGCUUACAUGGAGGGUAUGAACCAUCUACAGCACUGGAACACAUUAAGGUGUUUUCUGUUGUGCCUUGCUGUCCUUAUCCUUACAACAGAGGUCAACGCAGGAGUGAAGAAGAGUGGUGGACCAUGUGGGGGGAGAGACUGCAGCGGAGGGUGUCAGUGUUUUCCUGAGAAGGGUGCGAGGGGAUUGCCUGGACCCCUUGGUCCCCAGGGGCCCACAGGCCCUAAAGGUCGACCGGGAGACCCUGGUCUCCAGGGUCCGAAAGGACAGAAAGGAGACCACGGCAGAGGAGGCAUUAUGGGUCCAAAAGGAAGUGUGGGAAUGGAGGGUUUUCCAGGGUUUAAUGGAGCAGAUGGUGUUCCGGGUCAUCCUGGGCCGUCUGGGCCUCGUGGAAAACCAGGAGCUGACGGUUGUAACGGAACCCGGGGAGAAUCAGGAACACCAGGCUUUCAAGGAUUCGAUGGUGGACCUGGAAUAUCAGGCCAGCCAGGAAUGAAGGGAGAGAAGGGUGACCCUUUGGAUCUGUGGGUCUAUAUGGAAAGAUUCAGGGGAGAUCCAGGACCAGCAGGUUUUCCCGGAUUUGAUGGACCAACUGGUAACCCAGGGUACAGAGGAAUGCCAGGAUUACAAGGUCCUUGGGGUCCUACUGGCAUUAAAGGUGUUAAAGGACAAAAGGGUGAAAGCAGUAAAAAAAUAAAAGGAAUGAAAGGAGAAUUGGGGGAGAUUGGAGAGCCAGGCCCACCAGGACCUUACUCACAAAUCCGUACAAUCCCUUCAGAAUUGCAGGGUAAAAAAGGCUCGAAAGGUAAUAAAGGUGAACAAGGAGAUUUGGGGUAUUUAUCUACCAAAGGAGAGACUGGUGUGUCAGGGUUUCCAGGACAACGGGGGAACCCAGGUCGAAAUGGCUUGCCAGGACCUAUGGGAGAGACUGGACUUCCAGGUUUCCCAGGAAAUUUUGGCAGAAAAGGAGACAGAGGAGAACCUGGAGAGCUGAUAGUUCCUUUCAAUGAUACUGGAGUGGGUCCUCCAGGACCUCCGGGAGAGCGUGGCCCAAUUGGACAUCAUGGUCCUAAGGGUGUUAAAGGACUGCCGGGUCCCCCAGGGCCCCCUCCCACUGAACAACAACAAGUGGAUUUGUGGGGACCAGAGGGACCUAAUGGACCAAAGGGAGCCAAAGGUGAAGCUGGGGAACCUGGUAAUCCUGCCACUGAGCCUGGGCCACGUGGCUCUGAUGGGAAUCCUGGAUCCCCUGGACCACCUGGACCCAAGGGAUCAUUGGAAGAAUUCUUCAAAGGCCCACCAGGAAUAUCUGGACGUCCAGGAAAUGCAGGGAAAAAGGGACCAAAGGGUGACCAUGGUCAAUGCAAUUGCGAUGUAAAAUCCCCACCUGGUCCUCCGGGUCCUUCUGGUGAUGCUGGGGACUUUGGCAUGGCAGGCGAGUGGGGUCAGGAGGGUGAUCAAGGAGAGCCGGGAACCAGAGGUGUGGAUGGUGUGCCCGGUUUCCCUGGUGCAAGAGGAUCACCUGGACCCAAAGGCAGAAAAGGAGAGCCGAUAUUCGCUACUGAGAAAGGACAACCUGGUGACCCAGGGGACCCAGGUGCUAGUGGCAUUCCAGGAGUGCAAGGAAGUCCUGGGCUUGAUGGAAGAGAUGGUGAAUCAGGUUUUCAAGGACCUCCCGGAGAAGGUCCCGUAGGUGAACCUGGAGACAAGGGAUACCAAGGUCAGGAUGGUCCUCCAGGUCUAAGAGGUCAAACAGGACAACCUGGCCAAGUUCUUGGAGCAACAAAAGGUGUAAGGGGCCUACCUGGAGAUGAAGGACAAGUUGGUACUGAUGGAGACCAAGGGUUACCUGGUGUUCCAGGAGACUGUAGCCCAGAAGGAGAAGAGCAGUGGAGUAUUCCAGUGGAAUGUAUUGGUGAUCCCGGGCCACCUGGAGAGAGAGGGCAGCCUGGUCUUCCAGGGUUAGAUGGAUUUCCUGGACUGCAAGGUGCUAAAGGCUCACCAGGUCUUUUUGGAGAACCUGGAGCCAAAGGAGAGAAAGGUGACCCAGGAAGAGAAGGCCCACCUGGGCCACGAGGUAAGCAUUGGGUGGCUUGUGCGUUUCUUUACAUUUUAUUGAAUCAUUCUUAUGUAUACAUCUGUCUGUCUCCUUUUCUCAGCUCUGAUAAUUUGAUUUAAGGUUAUCAUGGCUCCAAAGGUGUGGAAGGAACUCCAGGCCUUCCUGGGAAACUAGGUUUGGAUGGUGCUCCAGGGGAAAAGGGUGAGCAUGGUGAAGUUUUAGGGGCUUCUUCUGGAGCCGCUGGAGACCCAGGACUGCCUGGACAGAGGGGUGUCAUUGGUCUUCCAGGAGACCCAGGACCUCAAGGACACCAAGGUUUGGAGGGAAUGCCGGGUAUGAUUGGCCUUAAGGGUGAAAGUGGCCCUUCAGGUCUUCAAGGAGAGAUAGGAACACCCGGACCACCAGGAACAUUUGGCUUUCCUGGGCAGCCUGGUCAAGUAGGACCUCCCGGACCACCUGGAAAAACCGGAGAACCAGGUCCAAGUGGAGAAAGUGGAGAUCAGGGAGACCCAGGCCUUACUGGGCCCAGAGGAGUAAAGGGUGUCACUGGAGAACCAGGAAAUUUUGGUCUAGGAAAUAUUGGGCCACCUGGAGAUCCAGGACAACAGGGGCCAUAUGGUAUUAAUGGUCUUCCAGGGUUAAAAGGUUCCAAAGGUGGUCAGGGCAUGACGGGUUUCCCUGGAAAGCCUGGUGAGCAUGGUCUGAAGGGCUUUUUGGGACAGAAAGGAACAAUAGGUGAUCCAGGACAACAAGGUGUAAAAGGACCUCCUGGCGCUCCAGGUCUAAAAGGUGAGAGAGGGUUGGCGGGGCCUCCAGGUGAAAAGCCAAUCAUACAUAUACCGCCAUCUAUGAAAGAGGUCAUGAAGGGAGCUAAAGGUGACCAUGGAAAAAUGGGAGAUCCUGGCUUCACUGGUCCCAGAGGUACAAAAGGUCUUCCAGGUGUUCCAGGAACGGGGGGUAAAGAUGGACAUCCGGGUAAACCCAGUUAUACAAAAGGUACUACAGGUUUUCCGGGAGCAAAAGGAUCUCCAGGGCAAAAGGGAAUGCCAGGGUAUAAAGGAAAGUCUGGAAUUGAAGGUUUUCCUGGAAUGGCUGGACCCAGGGGUGACAAAGGCAAGUCUGGUGCUUAUGGACAAACUGGAGAAUCUGGAAUCAAGGGGAUAAAAGGUGAAUUUGGUCCUACCAUCAGUCUUCCAGGAUCAACAGGACUGAGAGGUGAAACUGGGCUUCCUGGACCUUUUGGUGAGAAGGGACUCAUAGGUAACACUGGAGACAGAGGAAGUCCUGGUUUUGAUGGCAUUGAAGGGAUGAAAGGCUAUCCAGGAGAACCUGGAGAAGUUGGACCACCAGGUUCUGAUGGCCUACAAGGUUUCCGAGGAACACAGGGUCAGAAGGGCUGGCCUGGCGUGCCUGGACAGGCAGGAACCCCUGGAAUCCAAGGCCACCCAGGACAAAAAGGAUUUCCUGGUCUUAAAGGCAUUUUUGGAUUGGAUGGCCUAAAAGGUCAAAAGGGUAUCAAGGGUGUUGCAGGUUCUGACAGCUUGGGUCCUUCUGGUGAGCCAGGAGCAAAAGGAGAGAGAGGAGAGACCGGCAUCCCCAGCACAGAGCCUGGUGUCCCCGGAGAGCGGGGAUUCAAGGGUUUCAUUGGAGAUCCAGGUAAUAAGGGUGAAUCUGGGCAUCCUGGUGUACCGGGCCCUCAGGGCGAACAAGGAAUCUCUGAUAUAAAAGGAGUCCAAGGCGACUAUGGCUUUCCAGGCCCACAAGGACUUCCAGGUUUCCCUGGUCCCAGAGGGAUCCCAGGUGAACCUUCUCCAUUUGGAGCAAAAGGACAGAAAGGAAAUUCAGGUGAUUUUGGAUUGACUGGAAAAAAGGGAGUCCAGGGGGACGCGGGACAAAAAGGACCAUCAGGGGAACCUGGAGUGUCAGGAAGAAAAGGUGAAAAUGGAGACCCAGGAAUGAUGGGAUUCCCAGGAAGCCGUGGUUUUGAAGGCAAUAGGGGCCCUGUUGGACCUAAAGGAGAUACUGGACCCCCAGGUUUUCCUGGCUCACCUGGUGCUAAAGGACUUCCACCAGUUCCACAGAAACUACCAGGUGAGAGAGGACCACCUGGCCCAAUGGGUAUUCAAGGACCACAGGGACGAAGUGGAAACCUAGGCCCUGCUGGACCUCCUGGUGAUCCAGGGAUUUUGGGUCCAAAGGGUGAAAAAGGCAUGCCAGGUGUCCCUGGAAUACCAGGAAAUCCAGGCUUCCGUGGAGAACAUGGACAAAUAGGCCACCCUGGUCUACAAGGGGAAGAAGGGACGCGAGGGGGUCCUGGUUUACCUGGUCCUAUCGGAAUGCCUGGCCGCAGUGUCAAUGUUGGCUACCUGCUGGUGAAGCACAGUCAGUCUGAGCAGAUCCCCAUGUGCCCUGUGGGCAUGUCCAAGUUAUGGGACGGUUACAGUCUUCUGUACUUUGAGGGACAGGAGAAGGCCCACAACCAAGAUCUUGGUCUAGCCGGGUCAUGUCUCCCCCGAUUUAACACCAUGCCUUUCCUGUACUGCAAUCCUGGAGACGUGUGCUACUAUGCCAGCCGCAAUGACAAAUCCUAUUGGCUGUCCACCACCGCACCAAUUCCCAUGAUGCCCGUGGAGGAGGCCGAAAUAAAACCAUACAUCAGCCGCUGCGCCGUGUGUGAAGCUCCAUCUGUGGCCAUCGCCAUACACAGUCAAGAUAUAACAAUCCCACAGUGCCCAGCAGGCUGGAGAAGUCUCUGGAUUGGCUACUCCUUCCUUAUGCACACGGCAGCUGGAGAUGAAGGUGGUGGUCAGUCUCUGGUGUCUCCAGGCUCUUGUCUGGAAGAUUUCCGCACCACUCCCUUCAUCGAGUGUAACGGGGCCAAGGGUACAUGCCACUACUUUGCCAACAAGCAGAGUUUCUGGUUGACAUCUAUCGAGCAGACUUUCCAGAGUUCCCCUUCCUCUGAGACACUGAAAGCCGGUCAGCUCUUGGCACGCAUCAGCCGCUGCCAAGUGUGUAUGAAGAACCUGUGAGCUGUAACCUUUGACACUAUUGCAGCCAAGCAGUAUUGUAAUUAACACCAUCAGAACGAGCCAUGCCAAUACUUCAUUCCAAAUGUCAACCGGAUGGCAACGUCCCAAGUUAGGCUUCUGAAAUUACUUCAUGUCUUUAAUGUAUCACAUAUGAUGCCCUCAGAUUCCCUCUUCAACACUACUGUGUGCCUUAUGACUGAAGAUAUGUACAUGUGCAUAAUGAGAAGCAAAAAUCCAGAGAUGCAUGAAAGUGUAGCUAUUUACUUAUAUAUAUGAAAUGGUGCUUAAUCUCUAACUUAUUACCUCAGCAUUAUCAUUAUUGAUAUUACCAAAAACAUACAGCUGAACCAAAGAAGCCCAUGCUUAUGCACUUCUCCACCCUUCUGUGUUAUGAGUAGCACUUUGUGAAUGAAGGGGGUUGGGAAUCAAGAACCGGUUCUUAUUUAAACAAGCUCUAGUGUUUUUUUUUUUCUUUUUUAAAGGCCGUAUCUAUUUACACUAAACUUUUUGGGAGUGGUUUCUGCACUUCGUGAUUCAGUUCUGUUAAUGAUUCUGGAUAGUCUGCAUUCACCAUAAUAAAAUAUGCCAAGCUGAUCAGUGUUAAUCUAGUUUUCUGACAUCUGUGCAUAUAAAUCAACUUUCUAUUAUUUCAUGUGAUUAAAUACAAACACACACAUGCACGAUGCUUUGCAGAUGUGGAGCAUGACACACCUCAUAAAUGUGUGUCUCAUAAAUGUAAUUUGUAGCAGGACUAUUGGUUUAAUAAAUAUAACAAAGAUUUACAAAGACUGCAAAACAGAAUCUUGUUCUGAAAGGAACAUCAUUUCACCACAAGAUUUCUGAGGAUAGUGAUUGCAAUAAGAACUGUUUUCCAAUCAUUGUCCAUUCUCUCUUCUUUAAAAAUUACUAAAAGAAUCGUUAAAAGAACCACUGAGUCAAAAUACUGAAUCAGAAUCGUUUAAUUGCAACGAUUCCCAUCCCUAUAGAACAGCCAUGACAUCUAUCAGGAUCAAUGACACAAUGCUUAACUGUAUGGCUACUUUAAAUACAGUGCUUUCUGUUAAUAUUUUAACUAUUAUACAAAUAUAAUCUCACCAGACUUACACUAACACAAUCUUCUGCUGCGUGUACAUUAUUUUUGUUUUGUGUUUGUUUUUUGAUGUGCUAUAUCUGAACAGCUUAGAAUCAAGUAUUAGCCACGUAUUGUGUAAUGUUGUCACCUGACACUAUUUAUUCCAUGGAGACAAAGAGUAAGGCUGUUCAUUGGGUAUUUUGUUUCAUAAAGGUCAUUAACUCUUGAGACUUGAAGCUUUUAACUAGAGUUUUGUCCAGUCAGGAGGCUCUGGGUUCUUGUUUGUUUGAGAUGAACUCUCUCUUGGUUACACCAAUUGCACUGAUUUUCUCUGAGGUUUACAGGACACAUGUUCAGGUCAUUAGAAGACUCGAGUUUAUUCUUUGUCCCUAUUUCACAUGCUCAAGCAGGCUGUAUCUUCUGUAAACGAAGUCUAGAAACAAUGGCUAAACCAAAUGUGGGUCACCUAAGCUAUUUUGGACUUUGAGCAACUUUGCCCAUUUCCAGUGCAAAUUACACAAGUAUUAUUGUCCUGAAGCCCAUAAACCACUUACCUGUCUUUGACACAAUUAAA